CCUACCCUCUCUUUCGAAUCACGGUGAACCUCCACCUUUUGGUUGCCAUGAGUGCUGAGCUGUCAAAAAUAAAAACUAGGCGGUCUGGCUUCACAGUUCCAAAACUGUCGUAUCAGAAGCUCGGUACACUGUACAGCAAUCUCCACACCUUUUCACCACGUUUCUACCUUAGCACCUUAGGUACGCAGCAGUACUUGCUUUCAUCCAAUGGCAGACUCGGGACCCCACCACCACAGCGGCGGCGCGCAGGACAACGACCCCGCCUCGAAGCACAAGAAGCCGCAGCAGAAUAAUGCAAAUGCAAGCUUCCCCGAGUACGCCCGCAGGACAGCAGAGAAGCUGCCCCCACCAACUUUCAUAAUUCUCGCUCUCCUCUUCGGUUUGUACAUAAUUUUUUCCUCGAGCCAACAAAACCAGCGGUCAGCAGCAGACCUUUCUUCUCCUCCCGUCGCCCCUUCCGUUGUCACCACCACAAUCUACCAAGAACAUCAACCAUCUUCAACUCCCAAAGUCGUCGUUGAUACCUCUCCCAAAAUGUCUACCGAGCAGACCUUCAUUGCCAUCAAGCCUGACGGCGUUCAGCGCGGCCUGAUCGGCCCCAUCGUCUCUCGCUUCGAGACCCGUGGCUUCAAGCUCGUCGCCAUCAAGCUCAUGACCCCCGGCAAGGAGCACCUCCAGGCCCACUACGCCGACCUCAAGGACAAGCCCUUCUUCGCUGGUCUCAUUGAGUACAUGAACUCUGGCCCCAUCUGCGCCAUGGUCUGGGAGGGCCGUGACGCCGUCAAGACCGGCCGUGUCCUUCUCGGUGCCACCAACCCCCUUGCCUCCGCCCCCGGCACCAUCCGUGGCGACUACGCCAUCGACGUCGGCCGCAACGUCUGCCACGGCUCCGACUCCGUCGAGAACGCCAAGAAGGAGAUUGCCCUCUGGUUCAAGGAUGGCGAUGUCGUCUCCUACAAGGCCUCCCAGUUCGACUGGAUCUACGAGAAGCCUUAGAUGCUUUUUCUCUACUCCGCCACUAUACACGAGCCGUAGACGUCCACCGUACGCUUGCCGCACGGGUGGGAUGCAUGUCGCCAUGUUAGGUUGAUAAAGAAAAGUUAUAGGUCAAUCAAAAAGCACAAACAAAGAGCCCAAAUGCUCCCAGGAACGUGAUGCGAUGUUUGAGACCUUCAAUCGUGACUACCGGCUGGAUUUGAAUAAUCCACGUGCCCUGCCCAUGACACCCGCAAACCACGGCGUCCCCCACACGCUGACGAGUAUCCUCGCCGGCAGCAGUGCCUUCGUGAUAGCCCAAGCCAUAGCAACCUCCACCACAACCUUGUACUUGCCAUCCUUCUGCCACUUCUCUAACAUAUCUUGCGUGCUAUCCACCUCCCCUUCCUCGUCCAACUGCCCUGUCAUCGUCCCGCGGUCCUGGGCCUCGAACCCAAACCACCCCUUCCUGCUAAAAUACCUCUCCGCCAUCCCCACACCAUCCCUGACGUAUCCCGCCCAGUGGCCCGUCACGUACUCGAGCGGUAAAAAGUUUGUGUAGUGGAAGAAGCCGAAGAGGCCGAGGAGGGGCACGACGGCGGUGAUUUCGUGGAGGAUUAGGAAUGCGACUACAUGCGAGACGGGCGCUUUGCGGAGGCCGGUGGUGUAUUUUUGGAAUCGGAGGGGCACGCGGUCGAGGAUGCGGUCUGCCGCUCGAGAUGAAGAAGAGGAAGAGUUCGUCGAGGUAUAAGGCAAGGAUGGUUUCGUUGUUGGCGGGCGGGUUGUGCGGAGAGCUGGCCGUGACCUCGCGAUGGCGCGGCUUGCGAACAUUUUUCUUGUUGAGACGGGAGGUAACCUUUGCAGGCUCAAGUCCGUGGAAAUGAAAAGAUCUUGGGUGAAUACCGUCGGGAUAAUUCAGAACUUCAUGUGGCCAAGAGCAGAAAGAGUAUGGCUUAUUGACGCGACGAGCUUUGGCCGGGUUCGUCGGUGGGAGAUGACGCUCGAAAAGAGCUAUCGGUGGGGCGGAUCGGUGAGGUGUCUAUGCCUCGGUGUGCUGGACUCACCGAGGUAAGGUGAAGACGCCGUCGGGGCUUGACAGUGCGGGCCGCCGCGGGCCGGUACCUGGACGCCCCAACGACGUCCCGUCACACGCUACGCAACGUAUCACACGCGCUACGAUCCGAGGUUAUUUCUUUGCUGAUCGGACAUUGCCCCAAUUUCUCAUGAUGAACGUAAUAUCGUCGACGGUAAGUCACUCAACGUUUUUUCAGAAUGCCACGGGCAGGCGUCUCUAUUGGCACAAGGGCUUCGCCCUGAAGUUCGCCGUAUGCUUACCUCCGUGCAAUCAAGUCC